AUGUCUGUUUUGACGGAACUGCAGUUUUUGGUGCAUCGUGGACAGAUUGGCAUAUGCUUCGUGGAACAAAAUGAAAAUACAGAAUAUAUGAUCGUUAUUCCAACAUAUGGAUCAAUUGUUGGUGGAUGGUUUGGAGCCUGGCCUAUGCCACUCGACUGGGAAAGGCCAUGGCAGGAGUGGCCUAUAUGUGUGUGUUAUGGAGCUAUAGGCGGCUACAUUAUUGGACAGAUUCUCUCCUUGAGUUUGAUGUUCUUGUUUAGGAAACACAAGAAUUUGAAGAUUGAGAGGCAACAAUAG